AUGAGUGACAAGCAAAGCUACUUUUCACCCACUCCUACCUCCACCCCCAGCUCAUCCUCAUCCUCCCCCUCCACUCCCGACCUCGAGGAAGUUAAGGUCAACACGGAUGAUCCGAAGAAAGACCCCAACCAGCACCUUCCUGCCCUCAUGCGCGACUUCCCAAAGCCCGAGGGCGAUCUUGACAUCGGCGAAGCUCUCGGACGCCAACCUGGUCGAUGGACCAUUUCUGGACAGAUGGAAGCCAAUCGAGCAAGAAGCCAGCAGCAGAGAGCUCGACAGAUCAGCCUCAACCUCGCCAACACAGCAAAACAAGACCUCGAUGCCAUCAAGGCUAAGCUCCUUGCGUCGCAUCAGAAGAUGCAGGGCCGCUGA